AUGGGGAAAAACCUGAUAGCUCUGUCUGGAAAGUCAAAGCUCGCAGAUGGUAAACCGGUGGGAGGAAGAGCAGGAAGACUCACCAGGCCUAUGAUUGACAAACUGCAGAAAUAUUAUGGCAAUGCCAUUAGACGGUGCGUGGACAAAAAAGCGAAAAGUAAACAAGAAGUGGAGGAUGCAGUAAAGAGAAUGCAAUGUGCGAUAAAAGGAGUAUUGUACCACAGCGUGAAGAUUGUGGAUGAAAAGAAGAGGCAUCAGUACUGUCCUCAUGGAGAAAGUCCCUGGUGUUCAUUCAAGAGAGACAAAGCAGUAGGAACCAAUACUCCUUUUCUCGACAAGUCAUACCAUCUGGAUCCAGUCUUUUUAGAAUUUUUAAUACCGUUAUUCGACCGACUUAGUGAGAACAAGCUGCUGAAAAGGUGCUUACUAGGGCUCUCACAGAAUGCUAAUGAGUCUGUCAACUCACUUGUGUGGAACAGAUGCCCUAAACAUAGGAACAGAGGGAUAAAAUCUGUUGAGACAGCAGCUGCCUCUGCAAUCAUGCAAUUCAACAUUGGUGCGGCUGGUCGACAUGGCGUCAUGAAAGAGUUGGAGAUCUCUGGUGGUUACUAUACAAAAGCUGGAAAUGGGAAAAAGAAUAAGAAGAGAGUGAAGCAAGCAAAUGCAAGAGCCCAAAGGGAAUUUAAAGAAGCAAGGCAGAAGAUCCGACAGGCGAAAUUGGUUGAAGAGGCCAGAUUGAAGGCAUUAGAAGGAGUAACAUAUCAAAGCGCGGCAUUUAACGAAGAUAAUUUCAAUGGUUCAAGCAAGAGAAAGAGGAAGACAGAUAAAACUACUCCUAAGGAAGGCAAGAGCAAGCAGACAAGGAAAGAAUAA